UUCACCUGGAUAUUAGAAAAAAAAUGUGCGUAUUUCAGUGUGCUGUGCGUGUGCGUGAUGAGGGUGAGUGUGUCACGGCCCUCUGCUGCUGCUGCUGCUGGUGUUGCUGCAGACGGGGGGUUGGGAGCAGAGCCGAUUGGUUGCUGCUCACCAACACAGUCAGUCUGGGCUUGUUUUAACAUUAACCGGGGGCACAUCGACAGCAGGCAAAACCAUGUAGUAAAUAAGCCGCUGUGGCUGCUGGGGACCGGCCAUGGUACACUGAAUCUCGCCGCUGUCAAGUUGCAGCUUAAUGUAUUUUUUUGUACUUUCGUAUUUUUAGUGACAGUGUUUUUUCUAUCGUCAGAGGGCCGCCGCUGAUGAGGCGAUGAAGUGCAGAGAAUGAGAGCGGCUCCUUGGCCUGCUAGUGCUGACUGCUGCAGCCGGGAUUUUGCAGAUCCGCUUUCACAAAGCGAGAAAAGCCCUCGCUCAGUGGCACAGUGUCAAACAGCCGCUGUUGCUUUUACGGUGACCGACCUCCAAAUGGAUAUAAUCAUGACAACAUGAAUCAGUCAUACAGUCAGGCUGUUAGGGGUUCAGUGUUUGGCCCCGGCCAGUCAGAGCUGAGGCCCCACAAUGGCCACGUGAGCACCUCCUACGGAAACCAGUGUGGCAUCGGGAAGCGUGGUUCGGAGCAACUGUCGUCUUCCAGCCUCAAGCCGCCAAGUUCGCUGGGAUACAACCAGCCAGAACGGACACUCUGCUACAGUCCUCAGAGGAGGCUGCAGGACCUGAACACUGUGGUCAACAGGUCUGUCUUAGACAGAGACGUUCCUCCAAGUAGCUAUUUGCAUUGUGUGAGCCCUAACAGUGACGAUGAUGAUGAUGAGUUUGAGGCACCCUCAGUCCAACUGCCUCCUUCUCCAGGCAAUAACAUUUCACCUCGGAGCCCCGACAGCUUAUUGGGCUGUUCUCCCAUCCCAAACGGAUAUCUGCAUUUUGAAUCAAAGCUCUUUUACAGCAGUGACCUCAAGGAGGAGGACGAGGAGGGGGGUCACAGCGGCAGCGAGGACUCGAAGCCUUUUCUACAUUCACAAAAGUUGCGUCAGGAACGAAAUGUUACCGACGGAAUGACCUCGUGUGAGAAUGUGGCGGACAGAAAAACAUACAAACCUACUGUUUUUAACCUAAUGUCCAAAACUAUAUCUGAACUCAACCCGACACUAAGCCCCAGCGCACUGCCAGAAAUUAAUAUAAGAGACAGUUGGAAUGUGGACGAGGACUCUGCGAGUGACUAUGAGCUUACUUCUCCCGUUGACCCUGGACUUAUUUCACCAAGUGGCACCAACUCCAAUUCAAGCAGCCCAAAGAAAAAACCUCUUCCUACAGUGAAAUACCUGGAAGGAGACCUGGUCUGGGCAAAGUUCAACAGAAGGCCCUGGUGGCCGUGUCAGGUGACCUGUGAUCCCCAACAGGACACACACACUAAGAUGAAAGUUCCCAGUCCCCGUCCAUGUCGGAUGUAUUUCCUGGAGACAUUAGGGAAGCAUGAGGAAUGCGCCUGGGUUCAAGGGAGUGCCAUUUUUCCUUUUGAAGGAGGACAUCAGUUUGAAAACCUACCUGUGCUGAGGAGGAGAGGGAGGCAAAAGGAGAAAGACUAUAAAUACACGAUACCCAAAAGUUUACUGACUGCAUGGAAAGUCGGUGUGGCAGAAGCUGAAUACCUUCUCGCCAUUCAACGAAGAAAUAAUGAAAGUGUGCUCCCGGUGUCCAAUAAUGGAGAGGAGCGAGUGCCCAGUCCACUGCCCCCUGAACAGCUAGCGAAGGCCCCGUCUUCUUCUUCUUCCACGUCUAUGGACCAAGGACGAAUGCUGUCACCUCCCAGUAAAAAUGAGCACUACCUCACCAAAACCCCCAGCAAAGUCUACAAGAAAAAGAAAAAGUGUUUAUCAGACAUAUUCGGGCACAUAGUUAGCGGAACAAUGGAAAGUUCAACUGGCCUAAAUGUGACUGAUCAGUUAUGUGCAACCACUUGGUCCCCACCCAAAGAAGUGCAUAAGAGCUCUCCGUAUGCUGACCUGGACUCAGUUCCACUGUUGAACCGUUCUAAACGCACGUCCGUGACUCCGGUUAAGGACGUGGUUGGAAUGGAACAAGGUUCAACAAAAACUCAAACCAAGUUCACAGAGAAAUCCAACCACUGUACUGCUCCCCGUGAAAGCAUGUCGACAUAUAAUUCCAAUUCUACAGUUACAAACAGUGAACAAAGUUUAGUCAGCUGUGAUGAACAGUCGCGCGGUUCUCCUAAAAAGCACUCUACAAACCUUCCCGCCAGCAGUCGUCUCAUGACAAGGGCUCUAAGAGCAGAGGAAGAGACCGAUCUCCAAGAUGCACUGGCUACAAGCCAAACCUCAACUAAUGCCUGCAGUGAUAAUUGUCCUAAAAAUAUUCCUGCUAAUGAAGCCUUUACAACUGAAAUAUCUCCCAACUGGGACCAUCGGGGCAAUACAUCAUCCUUAACAAGCCACAGCUCUCCAAAAAGACGCUUGAGAAAGCCUCACAAGAAACUCCUUUGCAAUGGCUCGCUGUUCAAACCCCAGUGUACCGACAGAGCUGAAACUCCUGUGGCUACGGUUGAGGUCAAAACCGAAAACAUCAUCGUGAACAUUUCCUCGUCUUCCUCUCCGUCAUCAUCAUCUCUCUCUCCACUUGACACGUUCCAGGACGUGAAAGAACUCACGUUUAAAUCACUUGCGAACGAAGACAGUAGUGACUCUGAACUCGCCUCAUUUCGCCCAAAGUCCAACUACAAAUUCAGUACUUUCCUGAUGCUGCUGAAGGACAUGCAUGACACAAGAGAAAAAGAUGGAAAACCCUUGACUAUCCCUCAAUCAGCCAACCUGAUCAAAGAGGAACCAUUAGUGAUCCCGGCAGCUGCAGACAGUGACCUACUGCAGGGUGCGUUCGAUAGUUUCACUCCAGGAUUUAAAACUGAAAAUGGCAAAUUUGGAAACUGUAAAUCACCCUACAACGUAGCGGUCAAAACCAAGAACAGGACUAGAGCUAUCAUGUCGUCUGAUACCUACCACUGUGGAAACGUUCCCAUUCACCCCAAGAUGAGAAACUUAGACAAGCAACGUAGAAAACAGAAACUUCCAGCCAAACUGAGAUCGAGUGUUUCCGGCCUUUCCUCUGAUCUGGCAGACUUUGCUUACGGCAGGGAGUUUGUGAGCGGUCAUGCUGACUUGGCUGGUACUGGACCUGGUCCCCUCGUCCCUGCAGACCUGUCAGCCGGCUACCUCAUCAAGAAUUUGGAAUCAGCGGUGGCUCCGAAGAAGCGCUGGGAGUUUGUGAGCGGUCAUGCUGCCUUGGCUGGUACUGGCCCUGGUCCCCUCGUCCCUGCGGACCUGUCAGCCGGCUACCUCAUCAAGAAUUUGGAAUCAGCGGUGGCUCCGAAGAAGCGCUGGCAGGUCCUUGAGGAAGUUGAACGGAAUAAAGCUGAUCUUAUGAAUGAGGCAUCGGCAAAGUUAAACGGCUGUCACUCCGUCAGAGCAUCAGCAGGGGAUUUGGACACCCGACCAGCAGCAAAUGACCUGCACUCAUUAGAAUCCAGUAGCACUGCAGAUCAUUCGGAGAUCAAACGUCUUCGGAAACCAAGUAAAAGACUUCUGGAGUCAGCCGAGGAGUAUGAGCAAAUAUUCACUCCAAAAAUCAAAUCAAAGAGAAACAACUCUGAAUCUUCUAGUGCGGGGUUAUUAGAGGCGGCAGCUCUCCCUGAUCCCAGUACCUCACCUGAAAUUCUUACCUCAGCCUUGUCUUCUGUGGGGCCUCCUGAGGCCCCGGCAGAGCCUGAACAGGGUCCACGUGAGGAUGAGUGUCCCCCUUCCACAUCCUCUGUGUCCCCAGGCAUCACACCCCCUGACACUGAUACAGAGGCAACAGAUCUACCUCCAGAAUCUGACACGUCAUUGUUAAACCAAGACAGAAAGAGGCCAAGGAAGUUGUCACACAGAGUUUUGGAUUGUACCAUCGAAGAAAUGUCUGUUGCUUCUACACAAAAAAAGGGGUUAUUAGAGGCGGCAGCUCUCCCUGAUCCCAGUACCUCACCUGAAAUUCUUACCUCAGCCUUGUCUUCUGUGGGGCCUCCUGAGGCCCCGGCAGAGCCUGAACAGGGUCCACGUGAGGAUGAGUGUCCCCCUUCCACAUCCUCUGUGUCCCCAGGCAUCACACCCCCUGACACUGAUACAGAGGCAACAGAUCUACCUCCAGAAUCUGACACGUCAUUGUUAAACCAAGACAGAAAGAGGCCAAGAAAGUUGUCACACAGAGUUUUGGAUUGUACCAUCGAAGAAAUGUCUGUUGCUUCUACACAAAAAAAGGAUCUAAGUUACUGUGGAAUUACCUCAGAGGUGAAGGUGUUAAUCAAGAAAACUCAGGUUGAAUCUGUGAAGAAAGAGAAUCCCACGUCCGACCCUGCUCCCCAGCAGCUGAAGCGGAAAAUAGUCUGCACUCCGAACAGAACCCCCAGUCCCCGUGGAUCGAAGACCCCAAAGCAGGAGAGUGAGACGGAGGUUUGCAGCUCUGAUGAGAAACCAAAAGUUAACACUGGAAUGCCCAGCCCAAAACCUGAGGUCCAAUUUCUCAGUCUGAGUGACUCCAUCAACUCCCAGGUCGAUGUUAAAGGGAAAAUAGGAGGAGCGUCCUCGAAGGAAAAUGUUUGUCAGGUUUGUGAGAGAGGUGGAGACCUGCUGUCGUGUGACGGCCACUGCUACGGAGCCUUUCACCUUCAGUGUAUCGGCCUCUCUGUGGCUCCCCGCGGAAAACUCUUCUGUAAUGAAUGCAAAACAGGUGUCCACACAUGCUUCGUAUGUAAGAAGUCCGGUGAUGGGAUAAAGCGCUGCAUCAUCCCACUGUGUGGGAAGUUCUAUCAUUCUGACUGUAUAUCAGCGUACCCUGGCACGCAGCCACACAACAAAGGCUUCCGCUGCCCCCUGCAUGUGUGUCUGUCGUGUCACAUCAGCAACCCCCUGAACGUCUGCAGCUCUAAGGGUCGAUUGGCUCGAUGUGUGCGCUGCCCGGUGGCCUAUCACGCUAAUGACAACUGUAUGGCAGCGGGCAGCCUGGUGCUGGCCAACAACAGUUUCCUGUGUCCGAACCACUUCACUCCUCGCAAGGGCUGCAAGAACCAUGAGCACAUCAAUGUGAGCUGGUGCUUCGUCUGCUCUGAAGGGGGCAGCCUGCUCUGCUGUGAGUCCUGUCCUGCUGCUUUUCACAGAGAGUGUUUGAAUAUGGAGAUGCCUCAGGGCAGCUGGUUCUGCAACGACUGCAAAGCUGGGAAGAAGCCACGUAUUAAGGACAUACUGUGGGUCAAAUGGGGGCGCUACAGGUGGUGGCCAGCAGAAGUCUGUCUGACCAAAGAUGUCCCAAACAACAUCUUGAGGAUGAAACAUGAAGUUGGAGAGUUCCCAGUACAUUUCUUUGGUUCCAAAGACUUUGUGUGGACGUACCAGGCCAGAGUCUUCCCGUACAUGGAGGGUGACACUCACAACAUCGAGAAAAUGGGGAAAGGUGCCGAUGCAGUGUACAAAAAAGCUCUGACUGAAGCUGCUGAGAGGUUCAGAGAACUACAGGCAGAAAAGGAAAUGAGGCAGCUUCAGGAGGACAAAAAGAAUGACAAGAAACCUCCUCCUUACCGACACAUCAAGGUGAACCGGCCAAUAGGAAAAGUGCAGAUCAUCACAGCGGACCUGUCCGAAAUCCCACGUUGCAACUGUAAGGCCUCUGAUGAGAACCCCUGCGGCAUCGACUCGGAGUGCAUCAACCGCAUGCUGAUGUACGAAUGCCACCCUCAAGUGUGUGUGGCGGGGGAGCGAUGUCAGAACCAGGCCUUCACCAAGCGUCAGUACACUCACGUGGAGAUCUUCAGGACUCUGUCACGGGGCUGGGGUUUACGCAGUGUGACGGACAUUAAGAAGGGAGCCUUUGUGAGUGAAUACGUUGGAGAGGUCAUAGAUGAAGAAGAAUGUCGAGCCAGGAUCAAACAUGCACAGGAGAACGACAUCUUCAACUUCUACAUGCUUACACUGGACAAGGACCGGAUCAUUGAUGCCGGCCCCAAAGGGAACCAGGCUCGCUUCAUGAACCAUUGCUGUCAGCCAAACUGUGAAACCCAAAAAUGGACGGUGAACGGUGACACCAGGGUGGGACUGUUCGCUCUUCAGGACAUCCCCAAAGACGUGGAGCUGACUUUCAACUAUAACCUGGAGUGUCUGGGCAACGGGAAAACUGCCUGUAAAUGUGGAGCACCCAACUGCAGUGGGUUCCUGGGUGUUCGCCCAAAGAACCAGCCACCAGCUGAGAAAGUAAAGCUGAAAGAUGGAAGAAGAAGAGGAAUGAAAAAGAAGACAAAGCAAGUGGUGACAAAGGAAAGAGAGGACGAGUGCUUCAGCUGUGGGGACGGGGGACAACUCGUGUCCUGUAAGAAGCCUGGCUGUCCUAAGGUCUAUCACGCCGACUGUCUCAACUUGGCCAAAAGGCCUGCAGGACGGUGGGAGUGUCCGUGGCACCAGUGUGACCUUUGUGGAAAGGAGGCGGCUUCCCUCUGCGAGAUGUGUCCCAGCUCCUACUGUAAGGAGCAUCGUGACGGUAUGCUCUUCAUUUCCAAGUUGGAUGGCAAACUGUCCUGCAGUGAACACGACCCCUGUGGACCUGAUCCACUGGAGCCAGGAGAGAUCCGCGAAUACAUGCACAACGCAACCUCCGUGAGGCCUCGGGCCGCAGCCACACACGUCACCCCCACGACGGCCUCGGACUCAAAACAAACCAAUUCUUCUUCUGCUGCCCCCAGUGCGAUGGACAGGCACAAACCUCCUCCUCCUCCUCCACGACUCUACAUCAACACGAGGACUUCCACCUCCAGCUUUGUCCCCUCCAGUAAGUCUUACCUCACAAACAGUCCAGAAGGAUUCUCCACCUGUCCCUCCUCCAAGGGUGAGGUGGAGGAUGGGGAGGUGUGUGGGAUCGAGUUAGAAGAGGUGGACGAUGACUAUGAUGACGGUAAUGGUGACGAAGAGGAAGACGAUGAGGAAGAUGAUGAGGAAGACGAUGAAAAUGAGGAAGAAGAUGGCGAUGAUGAGGAAGAUGACGUCAUGGAGGUAGUCGACGAUGAAGUGGUGGAGCCUCUUUACGGAGAUGACACUCUGGAGGAAGAUAAUGCUGAUGAUGAUGAUGAGGAAGAGGAGGAUGGAGGUAGUGUGUGUGACACUUGGGGAGAUUAUAUGGAUGAAGAUGCUGAAGAAGGGGAGGUGGUGUGGGAUGAGCAGGAAGAGUGGGAGUGAGUGGAGGCUGAUGGCUCUGUCUGAUUCUCUAAAUCUAUACAGCAAAAACUCUUAAUAGACACUCAGAGGAUAGAAAAAGUUGAAUAUUUUGGUACCUACUUGAACGCAACACUGCCUUCACUUUGGUACUUCAUGGCCUUUUCAUCCACGGCUGGACUGACAGUGGGGAUGUGUACUGGUGCUACGGCUCUUUAUACUGUCAGUGCGUUUAUUUGUGUCUGGUGCUGUCGAUUUUGUUCUCUCUCUUGAUAUUGUUUACAUUUUUGGUCUUUUUAAAAUGUUUGUUAUGUAAGAAAAUACUUUUUUUUUCUGACCAAACUCACUAUAAGGGCAUCUUGUGUUGCUGUUACUGUCUUAACCUUGUCUUUUUAUUACAAGUGAUUUAAAAAAAAACUGAGCUCUCACUGGUUCAUGUUACAGUAAGACACAACAGUUCUGUUUGUUGUGCCUGUGAAAAGUGAAAAUAAACCCACUUCUUUAUGUCUGAUCAUUGUUGUCCGGACUAACACAGUCUUAUUUUUCUUUAGUAGAUUUCCAGACUUGUAGAAACAAAAUACUACUUCACCAUCACAAACACCACUGCUGUUCCACUGUUUUAAAUAAGAGAAAUAUAUUUUUUGCCUUUACAAUCACUGAUAUCUGAUAUUUUCAUUUGUUUGUAUACUUAUUUAACAGUUAGAUGAUGUUUAUCAGUAAUCAUUGGGGUUCUUUUCUCUUGAGUGUUUUUCUUUGAAAGGUUUACCCAUUCAUGUUUUUGUUACUUUAUAAAUGGGUGGUAAGAAUUUGUGACCUGGAUCAUUUUCACUGCAAUCCAUUUUCUACUGAUUUCUCAAAGGUUUAAGAACAAAUGUACACAGUGAAACAAAUUACAACAGGUCUAAAUGAAGGAAAUAAAACAAAACACAGUUUCAUAA